GAUAGUUGCUGCUGGUUCGCAUACGUUUCCGAACGAGCUGCUCAGUCAGAACGUCGCAAGACGACUUUUGUGGCGUCGUGUUCAGUAGAAACCCUUCUGGAAUUGUUUUUUUUUUUUAUUUGGACUUGAGUGAAUUUUUCAUGUUCGCAUGUUCGACCUUAAUACCGAUACCCUUGGUUCUCCUGACACACGAGAUAUCUUCUAAGUCCAUGAACGAGUGUCAAGGAGCCGUCCGGAUCGAGUGAUUUUGUCGUUGGCUAAAAGAGAAAAGCGGCUCUUAUAGCUGAACGUAAAGGCGAUCGUUUACAACCAGCUAAUAUUUCGCGGUUCGAUCGGCUGUUUGUUCGAGCAAUACAGAACCAACGUAGCACUGGCGGUUCAGGUGACACAAGUGUUCCGUGCAGGCUGGACUACAGUUUAUCUUGUGCCGCCCGCAUAAGCGCGCCGUGAAUAUGUGGCAGAUAUUUUGCGUACUAGGUGGAAAGCAUCUGAAGUAUCGUGAUCGUAAUAAUUACGUUGGAUUUUUGAGUCUGAAUGGUGUACGACAAUCUUUUUGGUCCAUGGGGCCAGAUUAUAUUCGUUGCAUUUGGCGCCUGUGUUAUCCUCAUCGCCAUUCUCCUGGUCGCCUGUUUUCUCACACCUGGAUGCCUCGGAUACGAGUGCAUUCGUAGACGCAGAAAGGAAGACAAGAGCGUUCCUUUACGAUAUAAAGGACGGCCUAACGAGAACGUCAAGUUAAAUGAUGUCAGCUAUAGAUCAUGGAGACUGGGUAGCCUCUACGAAAACGGCGCGUCUGAUUGCAUUUCGGAAAAUCCGGGAUCCCAACGGCAAUCUGUCAAUUCCAACAAUGUGCCGUUCGAGCCCAUCGACACCUCGUCGACUGUGAAUCUCAUUAGUUCGGAUAAACCAAAGAAGGACAACAAAGGAAAGGAAUUUCCUACGGAAUUAACUAUGAGUCUUCAGUACUUGCCUCCUAGUGAUGGGAAUAUUAUUGGAAAGCUCGUCAUUGGCAUCGAGGCAUUGUCCGGCCUUCCUCCAAAGCAAUACAGCUCCGUUCUCGAGCCUUACGUGGCUUUGAAUAUAGUCAAAUUAUCCUGGACUAACAGGAAGAAGGAAAAAUUACAUAGUUUUCGUACGAGAGGCGUUCGGCAUACGGCUAGUCCUAUAUAUAGAGAAACAUUCGUAGUGGCCGAUGUGAAGCCACACGAAGUCAAGGAAUGGACACUGGAAAUAAUUGCGUAUGAUCAUGAUAGAUAUGCCAAUCAUACAGAAUUGUGUGCAUUACGAGUUCCUUUAAAGGAAGUAAAAAAAUUGUUUCAGAGUCCUGAGAUACAUUUGCUUAAUUAUCAAAUGAAGCAGUCUUAUCAGGAAUUCGGAAAUAUUUUAUUAGGAAUUAGUUAUUUACCUACAGCUGAAAGACUGACAAUUAAUAUUAUGAGACUAUGCAAUUUGAAAUUUCAACCUGCUGUGGCAAAUUUAUCUAAAUUCAAUCCGUAUGUAAGAGUCUUAAUGCUCAAUGGAAAAACUGGAAGAAAAAUGAAAAAGAAGAAAACGAAAUUUCUAAAAGCUACAGCUCAGCCUGAAUAUAACGAAGUUUUGACAUUUGACUUAACACAUAAUCAACUUGACCACGUGCAAUUCCUUGUUAUACUGUGCAGCAAAGUUAUAUUAGACGAGUCACCAAAUUGCGAUCAUCCCAGUGACAGCGAGGAGUCAGUAAAUUCAUAUAAAAAAUCACAGGAUAUUUUCAUUGGGAAAGUAGCCCUUGGAAAAGGCGUACGGGGACCAACAGAAAGGAUGCACUGGUUUUCAGUUUUACAAAAUCCACGAAAGAUUGUGAGCUCGUGGCAUACGUUAAAAUAAAACAAACAAGAAUAAAAAGUAAUAAUAAAAAAUCUUUCAAAAUAGAAAUAAAGUUUAAUCGCUGUAGUAUUUAUAUUAACUUAUUACAUAACUGAUGAAAAGAAAAUUAAAGGAAAUCUACAUAUUA